AUGAAAGAAAGAUAUGGGGACGUAAGGAAGAGGCUUUGGGGAGGUGAAGCCAAUAAUCCAAGCCAGAAAGAAUCAAUCUGGUGGAGGGACAUAAUAGAGCUGAGUGAGGAUUUGAAUGGAGCCACUUCUAAAAUAAGGGCUAAGCUUGGAGAUGGAAAACAAAUUCUGUUUUGGAAACACGACUGGCUCGGGGGUAGCACAUUAGCAACUGCUUUUCCUAAUCUAUAUGAACAAGUUAUGUCUAAAGAAUUUGAGGUAUACAAAGUGGGGGACUGGAUUGCAGGUGACUGGUUCUGGAAUUUGAGGCAAGGAGAGAAGGUGUUUGGAAGGGAGGCAUUGGAAGAAUUUAAUGAGCUGAUGGUGUUGUUAACAGGCAUUAGGCCGACAGUCAACAACCAAGAUCUGUUUAUUUGGCCUUAUGAAAACCACAGGUGCUAUACGGUAAGAUCAUGUUACGAGAUUAUGAAUGAUAAUAGAAAUACUGAAAUGCUGGAUGCAGGUGUUAUGGAAGGACUGAAUAGUAUUUGGAGGGCUUAUGUACCAUCUAAAUUAAAGAUGUUUGGUUGGAGAAUGCUUAGGGACAAACUGCCUUCGAGGAAGCAAUUGCUAAAGAGGCACAUAAUCCACCAACUGAAUGAAUCUCUGUGUGUGUUUUGUCAAGAGCAGGAAGAAGAUAUAAACCAUGUGAUAUUGCACUGUUCUAAAGUUGAAUGGCUAUGGAGGAAAGUAUCUGCCUGGCUGGAGAUACAAAAACCAGAUGAGGAGGCUUGUUGGAAUCACUUGCUAAGCUGUGAGGAAGCACUUAAAGGAAAGAUAGGAAGAGAGAGAGGGGCAACAAUAUGGCUUACGAGUUGCUGGGCAUAUGGAAGCAUAAGAAUGAUAUCUUGUUUAAUGGGGUUGUUCUGGACAUGGAACAAGUUUUCUUUUCUAUUCUACGAUACUCAUGGUGGUGGCUAG